AUGCCGACGGGACAACCAGUGAAUGGAGCUGGGGCAGAGGCGAGAGAACAUACAGUAGAGCAGCCGGGACGACAACAGGUAGAUCCAACCCUGAGUAUGGUUCAUAAUCUACUGUCCCAGGUGCUGCAAGGACAAGCUGGUGCAGGCAAUGGAACGCCUCCUCCACCAGACUUCUUGAAGAUUGUCACAACGAUGAAAACGUUGGGGACAUACAAGUUUGCGGGAAACCCAGAUCCUUAUGCGGCAGAUGCGUGGAUGCAAUGCCUUGAGAAGAACUUUGCAGCGACUAGAUGUCCUCCGGAGUUCAAGAAGGAUGUGGCGAUUUACUAUCUUGAGAAGGAAGCACUAGAUUGGUGGAACAGUCUUGAUCGUCAGACUUACCAUACAAUCUUUACUUGGGAGAGCUUCCAAGAGGAGUUCAAGCGAAAGUACUUCCCCCCAGAAGCACGAGAUCGCAUGGAGCAAGCGUUUGUUGCUCUAACUCAAGGAAACCGGAGUGUGAGAGAGUAUGAGGCGGAAUUCAUUAAGUUACAAAAGUAUGUGACUUAUGGAUAUGGUGAUGAGAGAACGAUGGUUCGCAAGUUUCUUCAGGGCUUGAAACCAGAGAUUGGUGGACGUCUACAAGCAGUGACAUAUACCAUCUCUAUGAAGUGA